AUGCAUUCUUCAACGAAUUCUAGCACAAAUUCUCUAAUAGAAUAUGCAAAAAACCUAGAUACUACAACAUCUAAAAUAUAUAAUAGCGCAGGAAAACAAUUGCAAGAAUAUGAGAUAAUCGAUUUAAUACAGGAAAAAGGUAUUAGAGAUCAUCACGAAAAAUCUGCAUUACGCACAAGAAUUAGAAGUGCUGAAGAAAGAAUUCAGACUUUAGAAGAUCUUUUAUCCAAAAAAUCAACAUGUUCUCAGCCGAACUUAAAUAAAAUAGUUCAAACAACUAACAAUAAAGCUCCACAUUCAAAAAAUAUUACAGCAAGAGCAUUAAUUGGCUGUAGUUGUUCGGAAGAUUCAUCAUCGGAUUCAUCGAUGAACUCAUCAAGCGACAAUAACAUCUUAAUUGUUCAUUCUCAUCAAAGUAUAUCAUCAAACACAAAUGAUUCUUCACUCUUUAAUAGUAAAUUAUCUCAAAAACAUAAAUCUAAACCAACAAAAGUUAUUAUUGUUGAUUCAAAAGAAAAGAAGGAGAAACAAAGAUCAGAUACACCUAUUAUUGUUGUAAAUACAGUAAAAGACAAUUUCAAAUCUAAUAAAAAUGCCACAAGAAUUAAGACGAAUUACAUUGAUUCAGAGAUCUCAGAUACUUCAUCACCUGCUCCUAUACCAGUAUUCACCGAUUCAAAUACAAAAAAGUCAAAGAUUUCAGAUUCAAAAUCUACAAAAACUGCAACAUCAGACUUAAUUCGCCCAUCAGGCAUAGUAACUAACUCGGUUUCUACAUCUUCAUUACUCAAAUCAUCAGAAGUAUCCGACAAAUCCAAGAGCAAAAUCUCACACAAAACUCAUAAAUCAUCAAAAUCAAAAGAACGUCAAAAAGAAAUCGAUAGAAGGGAAGAGCAAAGAGUUAGAGAGUAUCUCAAGAAACAUCAAGAGAAGAAGAGACUAGAACAGCAAGAAUACCUUGAAGGAUGGCAUGGACAUAGAGUUUAUCAAGUUCAAGAUGAAGAAAUUGAAAAAUAUGCAACAGUUCAUCCAAAUGAAUUAGAUUGUAUAUGCGGGACAAUCAGAAAAGAUAAUUGCAGAUGCCAUAAAAUGAGAGAAAUUGAAGAUGAAAAUUGCCGUUUAAGGAUGAACUUGAGGAAAAUAAAGAGGGAAGUUCAAAGAUAUAAAGAUCAUAAGGAACUAAAAGAAAUUGAUGAUCUCUUUAGGAAUGUUAAUGAAGACGAAUUGCUUGGCCACAUAGCAGUUGAGUUUCAUGAUUUCCUCGGAGCUAAUGAAGAUAUUUCUAGAGAUACAGCGUAUAAGCUUGUUAGCAGAGCAGCAAAAGCAAUCAACCAUUGA